AUGGCUUGUAUUGAAAUCCUUGGAGGACAUGCUCUUUCACCCACAGUAGUAGCUAUAGACAAAAAUGAGAACCAAGAGCUGCACCACAACUUGGCCCUGCAAUAUCUAAGUUCCAUGCUUCAGGACAAUGUAAAUUCCUGGGACCACCAGCUGAGACCUUCCAUCAAUGUGUUGACCAAUCUAGCAAGCGAGCAACUGGAAUGCCACUCUGAAAGAAUAAUGUCCUGCAUUCUGGUAGAUAGUUUCCAAACUCUGAGACACCUCUAUGGGCCACCACCUGCUGUUGCAGAAGAAGUCCUAGCAAAAGCAGAAGUAAAUACCUCUGUGAGGCUGGCAGGUGGAAGGCAGGGAAAAGACUGUAUUCUGCCCCGGGAAGUUUCUGGCAGCCCUCUGACACUGAUUGUAGGGUGCACAAGGGUCAUCUAUGGGGUUACUGAGUGAAGUGGCAAUAGUACAAUGAUAGAUUUUACUUUGUGGAGAGGUCAAGGGUUGUUUUCACCCUGGGGCCCAAGAGGCCUUCCACGUCUCCUCUCACUUAGAUCAGGAGUAAUGAUGGUGAUGCCAACAAGUAAUAGGAGAAUGGCUUAUAAGGUCAGGCUGGCUCAUGUUUCCUUCCCACUUGGGGACCCCUAGUACCCUAUGGAUAAUUGACCAAAGCCUAUCCCAUUGUUUUCUGAUAAUCCAUAUUUACCUUCUUGCUCUAUUGCUCAUUGCCUCUUACCUCCUUGACUACUAAGUUUUAAGUUUCUAGCUAUGCCUACCACUUUUGCUCCUCCCAUGACAAUGGGUCCUCUACUGCCUUCUUAUUUCCCCCAUUUCCAUUCUGGAGGAAGGCCAGUUCCUGUGGCCCCAAACAGAGCACAGCUGAUGGCAAAAAGGAGGGAAGAAAAGGGUUGA